AUGAAAAUGUUUUUUAGGCUGGUCGAAAUUCGAAGCGUCAAAUCUACAGACUUCCAGGUGGAACUGAAAGAGUAAUAAAUACUAAAUCAACUACAGUAGUUCAAGAUGUUAUUGAAGAAAUAUGCAGCAUUUUGAGUGUCAGAAAGCAAUUGGAAAUGGAAGAAUUUUCCUUAUAUUGCAUUGUAGAAGGAGAUCCCUAUACAAUGCCACUAAACAGAGAAGAAUAUAUAUUAGAUGUGACUACAGAAUUACAUAAAAAUGGCCAUAUUUACUACUUAAUAUUUUGUAGAUCUGUCUGGUAUUAUCCUUUACGUUUAGAUAAUCAACUUUACAUAGAAGUUAUCUUUAAUCAAGUUGCACCUGACUACUUAGAAGGAUUACUUAUUAUUUUACCAGGGGAGAAAUUGCCUGAUCAUCUGAUGCCUGAUAUUGCCAAAGUUGCUGCACUUCUUCACAGAGCAGCUGAUAUGGAGCAUAUGCCCACAAAAGAAGAAGUAAAAUAUCUUCUUCCCAAGCCAGUAUUGAGUGUCAAAGAUAUUCGGCCAACUCAAUGGGUGGAAGCAGUCCAGCAAAAUUGGGCAGGCAUUACCUCACUGACUACAACUGAUUCAAAAGCUCAAUGCUUAGGUAAGUGAUUUUUUAGUAAAGUGUGGGCAUUUUUUAAAGAGCAUAUUAUUUCAUUAUG